AUGGUAGUAGUGGAAAAGGGAGCAAUUCCUAGAAAAACAUGGACACAUUCAUCUGCAUUUUUCUUGUGUUCAUUUCAUGUAAUGUUAGCUUACACGCAUCGUCAGCCGCUGCCAAGGGCCUUUGCACCGCAGAACUACCCUUGCCAUGAGCAUAAGGUGACAACUAAGGAUGGAUACAUUCUUAGCUUGCAAAAUAUCCCAUAUGGAAGAUCAGGCAAGACAGCAGGAGAGAGGCCAACAGUCCUCUUACAGCAUGGCCUUCUCAUGGACGCGGUGUCGUGGCUGCUUGCCCCACCCGACCAGUCUCUGGCUCUGGUCUUGUCUGAUGGAGGGUUCAACGUCUGGCUCGUGAGCACACGGGGCACGAAAUACAGCCGUGGACACACUUCCCUUAGUCCUGAUGAUGCAGUCUACUGGGAUUGGUCAUGGGACGAGCUCGUUGCACAUGAUCUUCCUGCAACUUUUGAGUAUGUUCAUAAUCAGACAGGGCAGAAGCUUCACUAUGUUGGUCAUUCACAGGGAAGUUUGAUGGCUCUUGCUGCAGUUUCGAAUGGAGAUUUAGUGAGCAUGAUGAGAUCAGCUGCAUUGCUAAGCCCUAUUGCUUAUCUAGGUGAAGUCACUUCACCUCUAGCAAGAAUUGGGGCAGAAACUCUUCUUGCAGAGACUUUACAUUGGUUGAAGAUCAAUGAAUUCAACCUUAGGGGGAAAGCUGUUGUUGAGCUUCUACUGCACAUGUGCAAGGUUAAAGCCGUGGAUUGCACCGAUUUCGUGACAUCUAUUACAGGUAAAAAUUGCUGCCUCAAUUCUUCAAGUGUGGAUUUUUUCCUACAUCAUGAGCCUCAACCAACUUCAAUCAAGAACAUGAUCCAUCUCUCCCAAAUGGUAAGAGGAGGGGAGAUUAGGAAGUACGACUACGGAGACGAGGAGGAGAACAAGAAGCACUACGGGAGGCCUACUCCUCCCUCGUAUGAGAUGAGGAGGAUCCCGAGUGAUCUGCCUCUCCUCCUCGCCUAUGGAGGGGCGCAUGCCCUCUCGGUGCCAAGGGACGUGGAGCUUCUGCUCGACGUCCUGCGCGGCCGUGGGGGAGAUGAGCUUGUUGUGGAGUAUAGAGAGGAGUAUGCUCAUGCUGAUUUUGUGUGGGCUGUGAAUGCUAGACAAGUUGUGUAUGAUCCUCUCAUAGCCUUCUUUAGGCUUCAUUAA